UUGUGCCAAAGCAUCAUACCUCCAUCUUCAAAAUAAUAUUACACUGCGUAGAAUGUUGUACGGGAAGCCAAAUCUCCUCUUUGCCUCGAGAUCUGAUGUCAUGGUAUUAACUCCAUGGCUCGCCCCAAUCAUUUGGAAUGGUACCUACAAUCUUGAUAUUCUGAAUGCGCUGUUCCACCUGAGAAGAGUUCGAGUUGGCCUUACAGUGUUUGUGAUACGAAAGUACAAAGUUUUUAUCAAGACUCUUCUUCAAACCGCUGAAACAUUUUUUAUGGUAGGACACAAGGUCCAUUAUUACAUCUUUACUGAUGAUGUCCAAGCCAUCCCCAACCUCUCCCUGAAAGAAGGCAGACAUUUAGUGGUUCUAAAUAUCUCUGGGUACAAACGUUGGCAGGACAUCACCAUGAGGCGCAUGCAGCUGAUUCGUGACUAUAGUUCUCAAAAAUUCAUCAAUGAGGUUGACUACCUUGUGUGUUUAGAUGCUGACCUAAAGUUCAUGGAUCAUGUUGGGGUGGAGAUAUUAAGCAAUGUGUUUGGAGUCAUACAUCCUGGUUUCUUUGGAGAAUCCCGUCAAGUUUUUACCCAUGAGCGUAGAAACUAUUCCGCAGGCUAUAUUCCUGAAGAUGAGGGAGAUUUUUACUACACUGGGUGUUUCUUUGGAGGGAGGGUAGAAGAGGUCUACAAACUGACCAAUUUCUGCCACAAUGCUAUGAUGGAAGACAAGGCAAAGAAUAUUGAGGCUUUAUGGCAUGAUGAAAGCUACUUGAACAAAUAUUUCCUUUAUCACAAACCAACCAAACUCCUCUCCCCUGAGUAUGCAUGGAAUGACUAUUAUGGCUCCCCCAAUGUCGUAAAACGAAAGCGAUUGGUUCAUGUCCCAAAAGAUUAUGCUCAAGUUCGGGACUGACCAUCAAAAGGCACUAAAAUCAAGGGCCUAAAUGUUAAGAUCUCAUCACUAUCUACUACUUUUAGCAGCAACAUAUGGGAGCAUAUAUAUACCCCAAAACAGAAUUAAAGGGGAAGUUAAACUCUAUUUUUCAGCUGAAUUGGACUGAUAAAGUGGAAUAGAUGUGCUAUAAUCACUUUUUAGUAUUGUCUUUAUAGACAAUGAGCAAACUUACAUAUCAUAUAAGUUUUAUGCUAACAAAUAUAGCAAUCAUAGUAAAAUGUGAUAUUUGCUUAUCCAAAUUAAUAUGUUCAUUUGGUUUCAGUCUUCUUCUCUACAGACACCUGUUGUAAUAUUUGCAGACGUUCCACAAAUUCAGAAUUCUGUGCUUGCCUAAUUGAAACAACAAAAGCUAAAAAUAACCAAUUCUAUAUUGCUUUGGAAUAUCACUAUGCAUAACCUUGUCUGUUUUAAGCAUAACUUCAGUUAAAAAAAGAGUUGCUCAAUAAUAAAUAAAGCAUCAAACUGAA